AUGUGGUUUUUAUUAAAUAUUGUACUUGAAUUUAUUAUUUAUUUAAUUGUUGAUAAUAUAACAAAAUUGAUUCUUAUUAAUAAUAGAAAGGAAAUUCGUUUUGAUAUAUUUGUAUUUGAAUGUAUGAUUCUUGGUUUUAUAAUUGGUUAUCUAUCAAUUUAUCAUCAUAUAACAUAUCUAUUAAUAUUUCUACUUAUUAUUCAUAUUAUUGGAAUACUUUAUACAGAGAAACGUUUUGAUUUAAUAAAAGAUACCUUUAAAAUAUUUAUUCAUAUUUUUAUUCAAAUAUAUCGAUCAAUAAUAAAUUGUUUAUAUAAUUUUAUUUCAAAAUAUAGUAUUAAUCAUUCAUCUUCAAAACCAAUAAUAACAAAAAAACUUCCAGAAAAAUGUUUAUAUACUUAUCAUCUAAAACCGACAAAUGAUUUGCGACUUCAACAACCAUCGUUUGUUCAAUCAUUAUCACGACCUGGUAUUUUUAAUCUACAUGGAACAACAUGUUCAUUAAAUGCUCUUUUACAAAGUUUAGCAUCACUUAAUAGUUUUUAUUCAUCAUUACAACGAAAUAUAAAUUUUUCACGUUUUAAUUAUGAUCCAAUCGUAUCUACAUUUCUUGAUCUUAUUUUUCAAUUACGAAAUGAUCAUCGUACAACAGAACAUAAACAUUGGAAUACACUUCUUGAUACAUCAUUAUUUAUAUCACAAUUAAAUGUGAUCUAUCCUAAUUUAUUAACAAAAUAUAUAACAACGGAUAUAGGAGAAUUAUUUCAAUGUAUUAUUGAUGUAAUGAAUAAUGCUCUAUCAAAACAAACAUUAGGCUAUUCAACAAAUGUAACCGAACAAGUACAAAAUCGAAAAUUAACAACAUUUUCACUUGAUGAUUUAAAUAAAAUAUUUGUUGAAGCUGAAGCACAACUUUAUAAUAAAAUAACAUUAGAUAAUCUUGAUGCACAAACAUCAUAUAUAAUUCAAUAUAUUGAUCUUACUUGGUUACUUCAUCAUAUUCAACUUGGUUCUAUUAUAAAACAAAUGUUUUCUGGACAGUAUCUUCAUGCAUAUUGUUGUAAUAAUUGUUCUCAUGUACGUUUUCGUGCUGAACCAUUUCAAAUAUUAACAUUAUCAGUUAAUAAAACAAGUACGACAUUGGAAAAAAUUAUUUCUCAAUUAACAAAAGUUGAUAUUAUCGAUUCAAUAUCUUGUUCAUACUGUUCCAAUCAAAUAAAGAACGAUCAAGAAAGAAAAUCAAGAGUAACUCAACAAGGAACACUUAUAACUACAAUUGCACCUACUGUAUCAUCUUUAGUUAAUACACAUGUUCAACCAUCUGGUCAAAUGUUAUUCUCAACGCCAAUAUCGACACCUAUUACUGUCACUCCAUCAACAAUAACUCGUAAUCAAAGUAGAAUAAAAUGUCAAACAAUGAUUGCAAAUUUUCCUUCAAUUCUUUGUAUUCAAUUAAAACGUUUCACUUAUGAUCGUCAUUCACAAACAACUACAAAAUUAAAUACACAUAUAUUCAUUGAACCUGAAAAAAUUCUUGAUUUAUCACAUAUUCAUUAUACAACAUGGCUUGGAUUAACAAAUUUAUCAAUAACUAUACCUUCACGUUAUCGACUAAUAGCUGUAUGUUUACAUUUAUCAAAAGAUCUUUCUACAUUAUCAAUUAAUCGAACAAAUUCAAAUCAUGGACAUUAUGUUUGUUUAUAUCGUACAGAUAAUUCACGAUGGUUUUUAUGCGAUGAUGAACGUAUAACAGAAAUACAACAAAUUGAAAAUGUUUUUCGAACGUCCUAUGUUACAGAAAAUUGUUAUCUUUUAUUUUAUGAACGAUUUUCAUAA